AUGUUCGGCACGAGCCCGCCUUCUGAUAAGCCUUCCACUACCCUUCCACCUCCUGGUAUGGCCAGCUCUUCCUCUGUGCCACCCGUGGCACACGUCGCCGUGUGGCUUCCCCCUUUCUGGACCUUCAACCCGACGAUCUGGUUUUUGAAAGUCGAAGCCCAAUUUCAGCUGGCAGGUAUUACCACUCAGGCGACGCAGUACCGACACAUUGUCGCUGUUCUGCCUCCAGACAUCGCCUUGGAGGUAGACGACAUUCUAUCCAGCCCACAGGGUGAGAGCCCCGACGACCAGCUCAAAGACGCUAUUCUCCAACGUACGACGGCGUCUGAGCGCAAGCGGCUGCAACAACUGCUCACAGCCGAGGAGUUAGGCCAUCGGCGGCCUUCCCAGCUACUGAGGGCCAUGCAAGCUCUGAUUGGUGACCGUGCAGCAGCGUUCGACGAUUCGCUGCUACGCGAACUCUUCAUGCAACGCUUGCCGCCGCAAGUUCAAAUGAUUUUGACCACAGCUUCAAGCCUUUCCCUUUCCGAGCUCGCACAGCACGCUGACAAAAUCGUGGAGGUCACAGGCCCUUCCGUCGCAGCUGUUUCUGCCCUUUCUCAGCAGGCCCCCACCGCGCCUCUCCCUUCAUCUUCGAGUCAGCAGCAAAUCGAGGAGCUUCGCGCCGAAGUGCGAAACCUCUCCAGUAUGGUCUCUGCCCUGUCUCGCCGCGCUCCCGGACGAAGGCCCCAACGGCCACGUUCCUCUAGCCGCUCACGUCGCCGCAGUGCCUCACCGGUUCGCGACAAUUCCAACAGCUCUGGAUUCUGCUGGUAUCAUGAGACCUUUGGCGAUGCGGCUCGCAAGUGCCUGAAGCCUUGCGCAUGGUCGGAAAACGCGGCCGGGCAACGCUGA